ACCAAACAAACAGGGGUAGGGUCAUGUGUGGCCCUUACCUUGCUCAUUGACCAUGUCAUGUUAUCCUUACCAGCUUUAUGAUGCCUUGGUCUUUCUGUGACAGUAGUCUAGCAUACUUGUUCCUAAUGAAAGGGACGAUAUUUGUAGGGAAUUGCAGUAGAUGUGGGAUUGCAUUUAUUCGUUAUAUAGCUGUGAAAAGUAGGGGAUUCAUUUUAGGCACUUAAAUUUUGUUGAAACAAUAUUACACUUACCUUACAAAACCGCUAAAUUGCAGCGUAAAUGAAUUAAGUGACAUGGUUCUUCAGUAUGCUCUAUUGAACAGGAGUCAGCGUGGAGGUGGCUCCAGCAUGGCAAGGUGUGCCCUUUGCCAUCUAGUGUUCCCAUCCCGUCUGCAGCUAGUGGAGCAUUUCAGUGAGGCACACAGUAUUGCCAGGCAGAGGUCUAGACGCUCCAGGGUGAUAGAUGCCAUCAGGAAAGUGACGCUUGAGGCACAUGUUCCAGAAGUAGUCACUGUGAGUGAUCAGGAGGAAGAACCCAGCUUUAGCCUAACUUCCAGACAGCCACUCUCUUGCUCCAGUUGUGAAACUUUAUUUGCUACACCAGCAAGUUUGAGGGAACACCAGUGUGUCAGUGGGGAUGAGGCUGUGCCCAAGAAGCAGCCAGUAGUCUGCCAGUACUGUGGGCAGAAAUGUAAAGACCGUCGAGGGGCAGCUAUCCACCUAGCAUUUUGUGAGAAAAAGCUUCAGAACCUCCCAGAGCUCACUUCCAUUCAUCUUGAGAAUAAUAAUAUUCCUAAAACUGAUGAAUGUGUGGCAGUGUUACCAGAGUGUCCUGCAGAGGACUGCGGAGCAAUAUUUAAGAGUGAAAACCAACUGACAAGGCACAUGCAGAGGCACCAUGGAAAAGAGUGCCAUAAUGUUGCAGAUAGUAACCCUAUUUCCUCACAGCAAGCACCAGCUACUAAGAUGCCCACAGAAAUCAGUCCCCGAUCAGUUCAGCCACCCCUUGUGACUGUCACCAUGAAACCACAUGUGGGGAAAACAGAAGGACUCCAAGAUCUCUCACUCCUCAUAACUCCAGCAAAAGUGCCAGAAGAAUCUUUAGAAUACUUUUCAUAUGAUGAAGAUGAUUAUUCUUCACCUAAAGAGAACAACAGGAAAGAAGGAUCAGCCAGCAUCACUGUGGAGGAAUACCAGGGUCUGGAUGCUGCCUCUGGGAUCAAGUGUGAGUCGGUUCUUUAUGUAACCGAGGAUGGAACUGUUUUGGAGGCAACCGAGGGGGAGGAAAGCAGCCCUAUAGAUGUUGCAAGAGAGGAGGAAACCUAUUUCAUUGUGACCAGUGGUGACAAAGGGAGAGUUAGCAGAAAGUGGCAGUGUUCUGUUUGCCAGAAGUGUCUCAUGACUCAGGACUCAUUGAGUACCCACAUCUCUGAGAAGCAUUCAUCACUUGAUAGUGAGAGUAUGCAGAUCAAACAUGAACCCAUGGACACUAAAAAUAAUAACAUGACCCAAGAUGAUGUGGGGGAUCUGCAUGACAGAAGUUAUGAUGAUGAUGAUGAUGAUGAUGAUGAUGAAGAUUGGGAAGUAGUCACCUUGGGGAGAAAGAGGAAAACUGGAAUAAGUGUAAAUGUUAAGAAAAGAAAAUUUGAAUAUAAGUGUAGCUUAUGUAAACGUCACUUUCUAUCUGAAUUAGGGUAUCAGACUCAUGUUAGAAAUAAAGAAUGUAAGACUAAGAAAUUCAAAUUACCAAGAAUGUUUUCUUGUCAUUUUAAACAAUGUGAUUCCACAUUCUUUAAGUUGACUGAAUUGCAGAGACAUUGGCAAAUUGCUCAUAAGUAUUCCAUGGCAUGCAAGAACUUAAAAUUUGAGGAUGAGAAGUCUUUCACAGAUUGGCUCAUUACUGAGGAGGAGAAGCACAAGGUGAGGUUCACAUGUGACGUGAAACGCCGCAAACCUCACCGCUCAGAAAAGUUACUUGUUUGUCAUAGGUUUCACCACCUGCGGACGGCUGCAGCACGGAAGAAUGCCAACAGAGAAUAUUCUGAUAGGCAUAACUGGGUCCACAAGAUCCCGCCAUGCCUGUGCUAUGCCCGACUAAAAGUUUAUCAGCAAUUUAGUAAAGAGACUUGUGAUUAUACAGGGAAGAUAUCAGUAGUGUACUAUCAUGAGCAUUCACACCCAAAGAAUAGCCAUUUAGAAGAUCAAGAGGAGGUUCUAGAACAUGUGCUCCAGCGCAACAAACGGAACAGAGACAAACAAUUUCAAGAUCUAAAAGGCAAUGAGAAACUCCUUCAUCGCCAAAAGCUGGAAAGGUUGGCCCGUCUUGCUGGGAGAGAGUCUCGAAUAGCUAGGAAUACAAGGAUAGUAGAAUUUGCUGGAAAGCUGGAGAACAUUAUUGUCAAUGACAGGGCAGAUGACCCUUCAGUACAAGUAGACCACAACCUUAUGGAGUCAGAUGAACUUUUCUCCUCAGAGGUUGAGAUGGUCCUUGAUGGCCAGUUUGACAUGGGCCCUGAAGAGCUGGCUGGGCCUGUUGUCACUCCGUUGGACAGCCUUCAUAUCUUCCCAAAUGACCGAGGAAGUCAGGUUACCUUCAAGGAGGAGGAGGAAGGGAUAAGCACAAGUGAUGACCAAAUGCAGGAACAACAAACAUGUCAGAAGGAAGAGGAGGAAGUGGUAAUUGAAGAAACUGGAGGCACAGUACAGGUAGUGCUGCCUGCCACCAGUGAGGACUGGUCCAAGGUUUUUGAAAUGGUGCGUGCACGUGUAGCUAAGGAGGAGGAUGCAACUAUCAAGGCUGCGGCUGCACUUUUGUUGCCUUAUGAGAGAGUGAUUGAACUCGUGACACCUGCAGAACAAGUGCCUAUCUUUCGCCAGCUGUGGGACUUGGCGUGUCCUUCUCGUCAAUCACAAGAGGGCUUUGACUUUGAAAUUAUGGUACUGAGAUAAACCAUUUGAUGUUUUCAACCUUGCUCUUGUGAGUUUUCAAGUUUUUAUCUCAUCCCCAGAGAAUUUAGAGCUCAAGUUCAGAGAGCAUUACAAUGAGACCUUUGAUAACAUCUGUGGCAAGUCUGCUUAAUUGCCCUCUAGAAGACUGAAGAGCUUCCACAGUAGGGGAAUCUGAAUUUAGAUCUGUCCUGAGAAUAUGACUGCCAUUCUGUAUAUACAGUGAGACUGAUUUGAUGAAAGUUUCCUUUUAUUUUUUAUGCCUCAUUCUUAUUCCUUCCAGUCAUUAUGCACUGUGUAGAUUUUCAAGAACUAAUGUAUCUACUGUUCAUAAGAGUGCACAACAGAACCUUGUCACUGAAUUGACUGAUUAACUAACAAAAAUAAGAAAAGAUGACAACAUACUUCCUCUUCCUUUUUCACAUUUCACCCAUUGGUUCUAAUACCAUAUAUGAUCAAAUAACCCAACUGUUUACUGAUCAGUCUGUCCUUUCCUUUCUACAAAGAAGCAAUCAGGCAUGACUUAUUUGGAGUUCACCAGUAAGCUUGUUUUGUGUGUCUGAAGUGCAUGGUCAUGUAUGUGUGUACUUCAGACUGUAAAGGCGGGUUCACACGUCAAUUUUCAACUGAAAUUGCAAGUUGCUAGAAGUAUCGACUGAGCCCUUCUAGUUGGAGCAUGUUCAUACAUGACUAGAAAGUAUUGGGAGGAAGUGAAUGUAAACUAACAACUACUCAAGAUGUCUUCCUCUGGAUGAUGAUUGCGAUCAGGAUGAUGAUUGCGAUCAAAUUAAAUUCUCACAAGUAUUCAAUCCUCUCCUCCAACAACACCCUGUAUAGAGGGGAAAAGUUCUUGGAGAGUGGCAGGUAUCUCAUCGAAUGUCGAUUUAUGUAAGCUUUUUUUUGUUGUAUAAUUAAUUUUCAGGGUUCCAGAUGUGCUCUUUUUCCCUCACCAACUGCAAUAUCUUCUCUACAUCUGGACACCACAUUUUCAAACCUUUCUCUGUGAUGUCACAGCAUAAACAAAGUUGCAAAUCAACAUGUUGGUCUUGUUUUGUGACUAGUUUUUCCAGUUGCUAGGCACUGAUAUUCAGUUGGAAACUCUACCAAUUUGCAAUUUCAGUGGCAUAUUGACACAUGUUAACCUGCCUUAAUACAGUAUCGUCACACUGGAGGCCAAGCAGUCAUGUGGCUAUUCUAUGAACAAGAGGGUUGUGUAAUGUCAGAGAUCUUUGUAUAUGUAUAUCUAACAGUCUGACAUCUCCACUAAGGAAACAGUCUUAUUGUUUAAGAGUAAUGCUUAUUUAUUUUGGUUAUUUAUUGGUAGUCAAUUACAGAUAUGCAUUUUGUGUGCCUGUAAUCUGUAUAAAAUAAUGUACAAAACUUUAAUACAAAAUUAAAAUCCAGAAUUCAAUUU